GAUGGAGGAAAGAAAAGAAGAGGAAGUUUGCGUGUAAUUGGAUAAAGCUGAAUUAAAUUUAAUACUGUAAUAUAAAUGGGAAAAUAGAAGAAGUAAAAUGUAAAUGGAAGAGUUGUUGUGAUUUCAGGUUGGUAGAGAGUCGAGGCAGUGAGUGAAGAGCAGUAAAUUUGGGGUGAAUUGCAUCGUUGAUAGCGAAGAAAAGAAUAAAUUAUAAUUCAGCAAAGAGUCUGGGGCUGGUGGCAACGCAAACGAUGUCGUCUCGCGUGUUGCUGUUUGUGUUGUUUGUGAUUGCAGCGAGCGCCGACGAUGCCAAACGCGACGACGACAGGGCUCCCAAGUCCGAAUCCUGCAAUAACCCCUUCCAAUUGGUGAAGGUGAAGAACUGGGUUGAUGGUGAAGAAGCCGAUGUUUAUAACGGUGUGACUGCAAGAUUUGGCUCUCUAUUGCCCGAGAAACCUGAAAAUAGUGUUAGAACUCCCGCUAUUUUCUCCAAUCCCGUUGACUGCUGUUCCACUUCAACUUCAAAGCUAUCUGGAUCAGUUGCUCUCUGUGUGCGUGGGGGUUGUGACUUCACAACUAAAGCUGCGUUUGUGCAGUCUCGAGGUGCUACUGGCAUGUUGGUUAUAAAUGACGCUGAAGAUCUCUUUGAGAUGGUUUGCUCUAAUAGCAGUGAGACAAACAUUUCAAUUCCAGUAGUGAUGAUAACAAAGUCAGCAGGUGAAGGUCUCAACAACUCUUUGACAUCUGGAAGGAAAGUGGAAAUUUUGUUAUAUGCUCCACCUCGGCCACUUGUAGACUUGUCAGUUGCAUUUUUGUGGUUGAUGUCUGUUGGAACAAUUGUAUGUGCUUCACUAUGGUCAGAUCUAACUACUCCUGAGAAGUCUGAUGAACGCUAUAACGAAUUGUGUCCCAAGGAAUCUUCAAAUGCUGGAACAACGAAAGAUGAUUUUGACAAUGAAAUUGUUAACAUUGAUUCAAAGGGUGCUAUCAUAUUUGUCAUAGCAGCAUCUACUUUUCUUGUGCUAUUGUUCUUCUUCAUGUCAUCUUGGUUUGUCUGGGUGCUGAUUAUACUUUUCUGCAUUGGUGGUAUUGAGGGCAUGCAUAAUUGUAUUGUAAGCCUCACUUUAAGAAAAUGCCAAAAUUGUAGUCAGAAGAUAGUGAGUUUACCUCUAUUUGGGGAGAUUUCUAUUUUCUCAUUGGUAGUAUUGAUAUUCUGUGUGGCAUUUGCGGUUUUCUGGGCUGCUACUCGACAGGAAUCAUAUUCAUGGAUUGGCCAAGAUAUUCUUGGCAUCUGUUUGAUGAUAACAGUCUUGCAGUUGGCUCGAUUACCGAAUAUUAAGGUUGCAACUGUACUCCUUUGUUGUGCCUUUGUCUAUGACAUUUUUUGGGUAUUCAUAUCUCCAGUGAUAUUCCACGAGAGUGUUAUGAUUGCAGUUGCUCGAGGUGACAAGGCUGGCGGGGAAGCAAUUCCUAUGCUUUUGAGAUUUCCCCGUCUCUUUGAUCCCUGGGGAGGUUAUGACAUGAUUGGAUUUGGAGAUAUUCUCUUUCCUGGUUUGCUUGUUUCCUUUGCUCAUAGAUUUGACAAAGAUAAUUGGAGAGUAGCAAAAAAUGGAUAUUUUGUUUGGUUGGUAAUUGGCUAUGGCAUUGGCCUCGUUUUCACAUAUUUGGGGCUAUAUCUGAUGGAUGGAAAUGGACAACCUGCGCUUCUCUACCUUGUUCCAUGUACACUAGGUGUCACUGUCAUAUUGGGAUGUGUAAGAGGCGAGUUGAAGACCCUUUGGAAUUAUGGCACAGACUCAUCGUUGUCCACUGAGCCUUCUGAAGUUUAACUGAAUACGUUAUUCAUCUGAGCUGCAACUUGGGAAAUGUUAUCAGCUCAAUGGUAUGGAAUGCAAGCAAAGGCACCAGGUGUACAGGCUCCAUUACUAUCUUUUGUAUUAAUUAAUUAACGAUCGAGUGCUCUUUAUGGCUGCGUCAUAGUUAUCUUGUAAAAAGAAUGAAAAACAGAUGGAAAAGUAGUUAUUCAAAAUUCACCAUCAUAUGGCUUCUGGCUAUGCCAUUGGAAUUCUUUCACUUUUCUAACUGCUGUAGUGAAAAUUGAACCGAAGUUAGUAAUCAUUUUUCAUUUCUUGUUCA